GAAGCUGGUUGCUGUUUGUGGUGCUGAAACAACGCCUGUGUUGUGUGCCGUUUAGCGCUAUCUUUAUAUAUAUAUAUAUAUAUUUGCUGAGCUGCGUUUCUCCUCCUCUCCUCCUCGUCUCUCUUCGACUCAAACAUGUCUCUUUAGUCCAGGUCUCGUGCGAGCAAGCUCACACCUGAGUUGACGUUAAACAUGCUGUUUUAGCGGUAGGUGUGCGAUGGAUUAGUAGUUCUGUUUAGGUAUGGAUCCACUGUGGUGUCCCAUCCUCUUCGCUGCUCUGGCUCUCAGCCUCUGUUCCUCACCUGCCGUCGCUGACAGAAAAUUUGGUUGUCUGUUUGAAGACGAGCUCUGUACGCCAUAUGAGUUCUGCGUCAACGACGGAGUGUUUGGAAGGUGCCAGGAGUUGGCCGGUGCAGACCUGUACACAUACGAUAUUUCUUCCUCUGCUCUGCAACACCUCAGGAUCCUCCUACAGAAAUUGGCUCACAGAGGUUUGACGUGGCGGGAUGACAUCACCCAACAGGUCAUCUCUAGAGAGCUCUCCAAACUGAGGAACGUCCCCCUCCGCCAUCAGGCAACGCCCCCGAGCCCCCUGACCUCCUAUAGCAGCUCCAGAGACAGGAAACAGAGGCCUGCGCAAGCAGAGCUGAGCAGAAACCUUCAGCAGUACCUGGCCGGUCUGGGCUUCCUGCCACAGUCGGAGGUAGCUGAACAUCCAGGAGUCCAACGAGUAGGAGUCAGUGCUCAGAAUGAAGACAUCAAGUCUGAUGGUCUUUUGGAGCCCAGUCGGCCAAAACCCCAGAAGGGCUGGAAGGAGACCACUAUCUACAGCCUUCAGAAUGGAGCUGGCCAAACUCCAGUCACCAAAGUCUUCACUCAAAGCGGCGAGGGCAGGCACCCCAAGCUUAGUACAACCUAUCCUAACCAGGACGUAGGAAGGACCAAGCUCCUUUCCAAUCAUCUGGACCGGCUUCUUGCAGGGGCACCAGGUACUCAGCAGGGCGCCGCAGGUGGCGAGGCUGCGUGGCCCAAAGGAAAGCUCCACUACCUCAACUACGUCUGGCCAGCUCACAGUGACCAUGCAGAGCCGCAGUCUCAGGUGGCUUUUGGCUCCAAAUCCUCGAGGCCUAACCUAGACAGACUGCUGUUCAAGGCCGGCUCAAACCGACUGAACGCCAAGGAGCCUCUUAGUGUCAUGGAUGAGCAAUUCAUCCAGAAUGUGGUGAACCAGCUGGGAAGGCACAGCAUCAACAUGGACGCCUUCAUGGGCAAAGAUCUGGACGAGUUGGCUGGGGUCAUCACCGGAGCUCUGCAGGAGGUGGACGAGAAGCAGCCAGUGGCUGGGGCCCAGAUAGGACCAGGAGCCGCCGACCCCAGUGGGGUCAUGAAGGGUAACAGGGAGCAAUUGGCAAGCAUGGAAUCAAAUCAAGACCAGGACCUGAAAUCAAACAAAGUGCAGGAUCUAAACCAGAAAGACACACUGAGGUUGAAACAGCAAGGUCAACAAAUGGAUGGUGCAGACAGAGAGCCUGUUGACAAGCAUGCGGCUUUCUUCUCCAAGCUGCUCGACUACCUAAACCUGGAGCCCUUUGGUGAUGGUCCGGAGGUCAAAAGUGGACCACUAGCUCCCAGUGGCCUCCAAAAAACUGUCGGACUGGAGAAUGUUCAGAGCCGGACAACGCAGGGUCAAGUUCCUGUAGCCCAUCGCUGGGAGGAUAAAACCAUGUCCUCACCUGCAAAGGAAGGCUCCACCCUGCGUUUAACCAGCGGUGCACAGGUGCCGGACGCACAGGUGGACUCAGAGAUCGAAAGGUUGAUGCAGGGGAUUCAAGCCCCGGCGGGGAAGAAACAGCUGGAUGAGCCGCAGAAGAAGGACAUGAGAAUCAAAACUCAGCUGGUCCAUGUCGGGGUGAAGGAGUUUUCCAGCAGAGGGAAGGACAGACACUUUGGCUACAUUAUAACUGGCUCAGACUCCCUCACUACUGACCAGGGCUUGGACCUGAUGGAGCGACUGACGCAGAGGCUGAACCUCCACGCCGCAGACCUCACCCAGCUCUCUGUCCUGGGCCCUGCGUUGACUUUCAGAGUCGGCCCCAACCCGAAGAAUGUGACCACUGCGGAUCUGGUUCAAGUUGCAGUCCAACAGAAGCAGCAGCUGGAGAAGGAGUCAGGCCUGAAGAUAGUGGAGGCCGGAGUUAGUGAUAGGGGCAGCCUGACCCAGAUCCCCAUGGUGAAGGAGACCAGGGUGGAGUCGGGCCAGUUCCUGCUGCUCUCCGUCCUCUGCAUGCUCUUCAUCCUGGUGGCGCUGGCCGUGUCCGCCACUUUCUUCUGCGUGCGCCAGCGCUCCCACCUCCACAUGAAGGAGAAGCUGGCCAGCCUGGGGACUGACACCAGUACUGAUGCCACCGCAACCUAUCAGGAGCUGUGUCGCCAGCGUAUGGCGAUCCGGACGUCAGAACGUGUCGAGCGGCCAGAGACACUGCGCCACUCGCGGCUGAACAGUGUGUCAUCCCAGUUCAGUGAUGGUCCUGUAGCCAGCCCGUCAACCCGCAGCAGCACCUCCUCCUGGUGUGAAGAGCCAGUGCCGUCCAACAUGGACAUCUCCACUGGUCACAUGAUACUGUCAUACAUGGAGGACCACUUGAAGAACAAGAACCGUCUGGAGCGUGAGUGGGAGGCCCUGUGCUCCUACCAGGCAGAGCCCGGCGCCUGCAGUGUAGGCCAGGGCGAGCAGAACUCCAAGAGGAACCGCUCAGACGCCGUCGUCGUAUAUGAUCAUUCCAGGAUCACCUUGAAAGCGGAGAAUAACCACGGCAACUCAGAUUACAUCAAUGCCAGUCCAAUAAUGGACCAUGACCCUCGCAACCCUACUUACAUCGCCUCGCAGGGCCCGCUUCCUUCCACCGUGGCAGACUUCUGGCAGAUGGUGUGGGAGAGCGGCUGCGUCGUCAUCGUGAUGUUGACCCCGCUCUCUGAAAAUGGAGUGAAGCAGUGUCACCACUACUGGCCAGAUGAGGGAUCUGAUGUCUACCACAUCUACGAGGUGAACUUGGUGUCUGAGCACAUCUGGUGUGAGGACUUCCUGGUGCGGAGCUUCUAUCUGAAGAACCUGCAGACCAAUGAGACCCGCACCGUCACACAGUUCCACUUCCUGUCCUGGAUGGACCGCGGGAUCCCCAACUCGGCCAGGACCCUGUUAGACUUCCGCAGAAAGGUUAACAAGUGCUACCGGGGUCGAUCUUGCCCGAUAAUUGUUCACUGCAGUGAUGGAGCUGGCAGGAGUGGGACUUACAUUCUGAUUGACAUGGUCCUCAAUAGGAUGGCUAAAGGUGCUAAAGAGAUUGAUAUUGCCGCUACCCUGGAGCACUUGAGAGACCAGAGAGCUGGCAUGGUCCAGACAAAGGAGCAGUUUGAGUUUGCGCUGACAGCCGUGGCAGAGGAGGUGAACGCCAUCCUGAAAGCGCUUCCUCAGUGAAGGCGUCCUCUACCCACCCCUCUCCCUCCACCUUCUUCUCGCUCGCUGAGCACCGGUUCCUCUGCCCACUCAAGACUGACAUCUCUCUUCUGCCCUUCCUUCUCUUCGCUCUGUUUCUCUCCUCUGUCUCUCCCUCCUCUUCACCUCUAUAUAUACUGUAUACUUAUGAAUGUUGUGCCAGAUAUCUCACCUGGAUCCAUAUCCGCCAAUUUUGCCUUAGAGUACGACUGUUGAUCUAGGAUCUGUGUCGUUUUGGGGGAUUCAGGAGAUUGUGCAGACAAGUGGGGCCUGAUCUGAUCUGAUGUGGGAACUUAGAUCAGCACUCCUACUAUGAGACCCUUUUGUCGAUAUGAACCCUGGUCCUCUCUUACUGUGAUGUACGAAGUUGUCCCUGAACCUACCGUUUUAGUGCCACUGACGAGCUGUUUACGUGAUGUCAAGUGAAGAUUUUUGUUCCAAAAUGUCGAAAAAAGUGAUACAAAUGCUUAUAAAAUGACUAUUGGCACAUUUUAAACAAACUUUAAGAUUAAUAAUAUGUAAAGUAAAUUAACUUCUUGCCUGUAUAAAUCAUAAUAUUGUACAGAUUAUAUUCCCUAAAUGAAUUGAUGUGUUCAAAUUAGACAUAUAGCAUUUUGGAAAUAAACUCCUCACAUCGUUAUUCCUUCUCUGUGAUCUGAAUCAACUACUAUAUGCUCAGCAUCACAUGUAUAGAUGUUGAAGUGUGUGUGUAUUGUAUUUUGGGUCCAGACAUCUCACUCUCACUGUAUUAAAAACCCCGCAGAUGCUCUGACUCUUAAAAUGCCUCACGGAUCAUGAUACUUACAUCAACAUAUCAGGUGUUUUCUAUUCCUCAUUGCAUCGAUGAUUUUACACCAUGAAUUGUUUGUUACAUAAACAUCUCUCUUAAUAUUAAAUGUAAUAGAAAUAUACCAACUGAGAUAGUUAUGCUUCUAUUUAAAGAUACUAUCAUGUCAUCCCAUAUCGAUAGUAACAAUAUAUUGAAAUUAUAUUGGAAUUGUUGCUACAUUUGUUUGUCCAUUCAUCACUGGUAUAUUGUGAUAUUUUGUGCAACAUGACAGAUUAUUCCCUCUGUGUAUAGACGAUGAAUGACUUUAUGAAUCCCCAUAUAGUGCUAUCUGAAAUGUAUACUGAGAGCCUCAACGAGAACUAUAUAUUUUGUGUGAACAAAGUAACAUUCAGAUUGAUAAUAAACCAAAACAGAUUAUACUGCUUUGCUAUCUGGUGUUUAAUGUUAUUUCUGAUACACUCACACACACACACUAAAAAGGGGAGAGAGAAGACUGCUUUUACAUUGAAUGACAUUUGAUUGAACGUUAGCCUUAGUAAAGUCACAAAGAAAAGCUGAUUCACGCUCCCUGAGGGUUUGUAUCUGGGAGAGACUUGCAGGUUUGAACAGAUGAAAUGUUUGGUUCACCAGCUCUGUCAGUGGGGAAAGUGGCUGAGAUUUGAAAUGAGAUCAGUCAUGUAUUUCACCCACUGAGGUCUUUUUUGCAAUAUUACAGAGAAAAGAGGAAUCUGUCACUCUAAAAGUU